AUGGAUGAGAAUUUCGUAGUAACGCUUAUAAAUCCAUUAUCCAAAGUUAAAGGGAGGAAAGCGAAAGAAAAUUCAGUCAUAGGCCUUCCUGCAUUGAACCCUCCAAAGGAUGAUCGAGCCAGGGCUCAAUGGUCUAGACAAUGUGACCUUUAUGUCUUCAAAGCUACAAUGUCAGCGGACCCAAUUUCAAAUGUAAAGGAUUGCAUUGUUUUGGUCAUUUACGAAGGAUCGUGUCAAAUGGCUUUUAUUAGACUCGAUAAAGACACAACAUGGACUUAUAUUCAUGCAGGGAUUAGAAAUGUUGAAGAUGUUGUUUAUUUUGAAGAUAAAUUCUACGCCGUCGAUGAUCUGAACCAGCUUUGGUAUUUUUCCGUUACCACCACCCAAUUCAAGUCGAGAGAUGUAGAUAGUGCAGUAGGAGCUGUUGUAGAAGAUGACUUAAUUAGGAGAUAUCUGGUAGAGUUAAAUGAUCACAAAGAACUAGUGAUGGUUAAGAGGUAUAUGGAUUUUGAACCUAAUCGAGGUCAUCUAAUUGGCCGACGUAAGACAACAAAAUUCCAAGUUUUCAAAAUUAAUGCUGAUAAGCAUGAGUGGACAGAGAUAAAAACUAUAGGUGAUGUUGCUAUUUUUGUGGGGGACUCUGUAGUAUCGGUGUUGGCUUCAGAUUUUCUUGGAUGUCAAGCAGAUUGCAUAUACUUCGUACAUGAUUGGGAUCGUCAAAGACCUGGCUAUGGAAGUCGUGGACCUCGUAAUUUCGGCGUGUAUAACCUCAAAACUCAACGCUUUUCACGGAUUGGCACCGCAGCUGCAAACCUGAUAAAGAUGAGCAAUCGAACACCAAUUUGGGCUACGGCCAACAUUGAAUUAUAA